AUGCACAAUUUCUACCUGAUCACCGGGGACACAGGAUCUACGACAGAAGGCCUUGCAGAGGCUUGCUCUGCGUUCAAGCGCAAGAUAGAGAAAAGCAAGAAGGGUAAUCAUCAGUACGGGUGGCUUUUGAGAACCGAUCCUUUCAAACUGUACGCGUCGCAAAAGCUGUUGCUUGCUGCACCGUAUCGAGUAGCGAAUAACGGAGGUAGACCUGUCGACAACGAACGGAUGUCAAGGAAUAUCCACUUCAAAACUUUGAACGGGAACACGCCGGCACUGUGGUCGCUGGAGAAACAAAUACUCUGA